AUGGCAAUCAGCAACAAUGGGUCCCAUUCUGCAGCUCUAGAACUCUGCUAUGAGAGCCUCAAUGGGUCCUGCAUUAAAACUUCCUACUCCCCUGGACCCCGAGUCAUCCUCUACCUCGCUUUUGGUUCAGGCGCUCUGCUAGCUGUCUUAGGAAACCUUCUGGUCAUGAUUUCAAUCAUUCACUUCAAGCAACUGCAUUCUCCAGCCAAUUUUCUCAUUGCCUCCUUGGCUUGUGCUGACUUUUUGGUGGGAGUCACUGUGAUGCCCUUCAGCAUGGUGAGGUCUGUGGAGAGUUGCUGGUACUUUGGGGAGAGUUACUGUAAAUUUCACUCUUGUUUUGAAGGAUCAUUUUGUUAUUCUUCUAUUUUUCACUUAUGCUUCAUUUCCAUUGAUAGAUACAUUGCUAUCACUGAUCCUCUGGUAUAUCCAACCAAAUUCACUCUGUCAGUUUCAGGACAAUGCAUUGUCCUGUCCUGGUUCCUUGCUAUUACAUUUAGUUUUUCACUUCUUUACACAGGUGCCAAUGAUGAAGGACUGGAGGAAUUAGUAAGUGCUCUCACCUGUGUGGGAGGUUGUCAGAUUGCUGUGAAUCAAACCUGGGUACUGAUAGACUUCCUGUUAUUUUUCAUUCCCACUCUAGUUAUGGUCAUUCUUUAUUGUAAGAUUUUUCUAGUAGCUAAACAACAGGCUAGAAAGAUUGAAAGCUUGAGCAGCAAAACUGAGUCAUCUUCAGAGGGUUACAAAGCCAGAGUGUUUAAGAGGGAGAAAAAAGCAGCCAAAACCCUGGGCAUUGCAGUGAUUGCAUUUCUGAUUUCAUGGUUGCCAUACUUUAUUGACUCAAUAAUUGAUGCAUUUGUAGGGUUUAUCACCCCAGCAUAUAUUUAUGAAAUUUUACUUUGGUUUGCUUAUUAUAACUCAGCCAUGAACCCUCUGAUAUAUGCCUUCUUUUACCCUUGGUUUAGAAGAGCAAUUAAACUGAUUGUCACUGGGAGAGUCUUCAGAGGUCACUCUUCAACAAUAGAUUUGUUUUCUAAAAAAAAAUAAGGUUUUAAAUAGAAGUUAAAAAUGUGGAAAAAAGUCAAUAAUGGAAUAAGUGAAUUAUUAUGAAAGAAAAGUAUCCUCUCCCCAUUUAGUCCCAAUUCCAAUUUCAGGUUCAUGUUUAAUGAAAUUUAUUUACCAUGAUAAGUUAUAUGGGAAUGUAUUUUCCAGCUGUCUUCAAUGCUGUAAUCCUGUUCCUGUCUUUUCUCAUUCUACAUUUAAUUUUGUCCAUUUUUCCUUUCUUAGACCAAGAGGUAAUUUUUUUCUUCUCUAAUGAACAUAUUAUAAUGUCUCAUAUCCUCCCUCCUUUAGCCUUUCAUUUCUAAUAAAUAAGGCACCUAUAUUUCCUGUUCUGUUUCCUUCCAAGAACAUCUAUAUUUUUUCCUUUAAGUUUUUAAAUAUGUUUUCACAUAUAAUAAAUUUAAAUAAGUUUUAUUGUACAGUUAAUAAUUGUAUUUAUAUGAAUCAAUAACAUUGAA